AUGGCGUCGAAUAAAGAGGUCGGUGAUACGUGUCAAUUUAAUAAAUUAUCAGUGCGUGAACUGAAGAUUUAUUUACGAGAUAGAGGAGCACAUGUGUCAAAAAAUAGACCAGAGUUAAUAAAACGUGCUCGAGGCAUUGUACAAAUCGGAAAACGGACAUUAAAAGAGAUUAAUAUUCAGGACAACAACAAACUUGAACGACAGGAAGAAUUAUUGACCACUCUGCUGGGUGAAAAAUUGUCAGGAAGUUUAAAAAGUUGUUGGGAGGACGAUGUGCUAAAAAUUCCCUUCUUCAGGACGGAGGAUAUUAACAAUUACCUUGUGUUAAACCGUUCACGCACUUUUGACAAUCAGAACAUGAAUGCGAGAAAACAAUUAAAAGCCAAAGUGAUCUACGAAGAUAGUGUGAAGUACAAUCAGAUAUCACCUAAAUGUUCCCACUGCUACGUAAGAGCAAAUAACUUGUAA